ACAAACACUAGCAACAACUCAAUACCUUCUAACAACAUGACCAGAAACUUAACCCAGACAGUCCCUCUCAACAUGACCAACAACCUGACCCAGAUGGGCCCUCUCAACAUGACCAACCACAUGUCACUAGAAACCAUCAGCAAGGAUAACUGCAAGAGAGAUAGGGCAUGUUUCUCCACUCCACCCACCUGUAAUCCAGCUGCUCAGGGUUCCUGCUUUUUUGUCUCCACGAGAGCAGUAUACGGAAAUGCCAACAACCUCACUUUUGAGCUCAGCGGAGAGUCGAAUGGUUACAUCGCGGUUGGCCUCUCUCGUGACAACAGGGAGGGUGAUGGUGAUACUGUUUAUUCUUGUGCCAACAACAAUGGUAUAGUGAAGUUUACCCGCGCAACACUGAACAACAGCAGACUGACUCAGGAUAAUGCAUUCAACCCUAGAAGUUUCCGUGGCUCAGUGAACAGAAGUAAGAUUCAGUGCACUUUUAUAGCUCCAGGUCUCAGCAACAGGAGUGUCCUGGCGGCAUACACAGGGGCUUUCCUCUUCUUUUUCACUGGCAACUUCACAAAUGGUUCUCUGCAGUCUCCAAUCACUUUACUGGUCACAAAUAGGUCAGUGGAUCUAAGCAACCCUAACAGCACAGACACUGCAGUAAUAAAAUUCAAUACAAACACCUCUGCAGCAUCUAAUGCCACUACAAGGUCAAACACCACUGCUUCAUGGAAUGGCACUGCAGCGUCAAAUGCCACCACCAGUACCUCAGAAGGGUCACUCUACAACAGCACAACAAAUGAAACCAUCAGCAGGGAUAACUGCAGGAGAGAUAGGGCAUGUUUCUCCACUCCACCCACCUGUAAUCCAGCUGCUCAGGGUUCCUGCUUUUUUGUCUCCACGAGAGCAGUAUACGGAAAUGCCAACAACCUCACUUUUGAGCUCAGCGGAGAGUCGAAUGGUUACAUCGCGGUUGGCCUCUCUCGUGACAACAGGGAGGGUGAUGGUGAUACUGUAUAUUCUUGUGCCAACAACAAUGGUAUAGUGAAGUUUACCCGUGCAACACUGAACAACAGCAGACUGACUCAGGAUAAUGCAUUCAUCCCUAGAAGUUUCCGUGGCUCAGUGAACAGAAGUAAGAUUCAGUGCACUUUCAUAGCUCCAGGUCUCAGCAACAGCAGUGCCCCGGCGGCAUACACAGGGGCUUUCCUCUUCUUUUUCACUGGCAACUUCACAAAUGGUUCUCUGCAGUCUCCAAUCACUUUACUGGUCACAAAUAGGUCAGUGGAUCUAAGCAACCCUAACAGCACAGACACUGCAGUAAUAAAAUUCAAUACAAACACCUCUGCAGCAUCUAAUGCCACUACAAGGUCAAACACCACUGCUUCAUGGAAUGGCACUGCAGCGUCAAAUGCCACCACCAGUACCUCAGAAGGGUCACUCUACAACAGCACAACAAAUGAAACCAUCAGCAGGGAUAACUGCAGGAGAGAUAGGGCAUGUUUCUCCACUCCACCCACCUGUAAUCCAGCUGCUCAGGGUUCCUGCUUUUUUGUCUCCACGAGAGCAGUAUACGGAAAUGCCAACAACCUCACUUUUGAGCUCAGCGGAGAGUCGAAUGGUUACAUCGCGGUUGGCCUCUCUCGUGACAACAGGGAGGGUGAUGGUGAUACUGUAUAUUCUUGUGCCAACAACAAUGGUAUAGUGAAGUUUACCCGUGCAACACUGAACAACAGCAGACUGACUCAGGAUAAUGCAUUCAUCCCUAGAAGUUUCCGUGGCUCAGUGAACAGAAGUAAGAUUCAGUGCACUUUCAUAGCUCCAGGUCUCAGCAACAGCAGUGCCCCGGCGGCAUACACAGGGGCUUUCCUCUUCUUUUUCACUGGCAACUUCACAAAUGGUUCUCUGCAGUCUCCAAUCACUUUACUGGUCACAAAUAGGUCAGUGGAUCUAAGCAACCCUAACAGCACAGACACUGCAGUAAUAAAAUUCAAUACAAACACCUCUGCAGCAUCUAAUGCCACUACAAGGUCAAACACCACUGCUUCAUGGAAUGGCACUGCAGCGUCAAAUGCCACCACCAGUACCUCAGAAGGGUCACUCUACAACAGCACAACAAAUGAAACCAUCAGCAGGGAUAACUGCAGGAGAGAUAGGGCAUGUUUCUCCACUCCACCCACCUGUAAUCCAGCUGCUCAGGGUUCCUGCUUUUUUGUCUCCACGAGAGCAGUAUACGGAAAUGCCAACAACCUCACUUUUGAGCUCAGCGGAGAGUCGAAUGGUUACAUCGCGGUUGGCCUCUCUCGUGACAACAGGGAGGGUGAUGGUGAUACUGUAUAUUCUUGUGCCAACAACAAUGGUAUAGUGAAGUUUACCCGUGCAACACUGAACAACAGCAGACUGACUCAGGAUAAUGCAUUCAUCCCUAGAAGUUUCCGUGGCUCAGUGAACAGAAGUAAGAUUCAGUGCACUUUCAUAGCUCCAGGUCUCAGCAACAGCAGUGCCCCGGCGGCAUACACAGGGGCUUUCCUCUUCUUUUUCACUGGCAACUUCACAAAUGGUUCUCUGCAGUCUCCAAUCACUUUACUGGUCACAAAUAGGUCAGUGGAUCUAAGCAACCCUAACAGCACAGACACUGCAGUAAUAAAAUUCAAUACAAACACCUCUGCAGCAUCUAAUGCCACUACAAGGUCAAACACCACUGCUUCAUGGAAUGGCACUGCAGCGUCAAAUGCCACCACCAGUACCUCAGAAGGGUCACUCUACAACAGCACAACAAAUGAAACCAUCAGCAGGGAUAACUGCAGGAGAGAUAGGGCAUGUUUCUCCACUCCACCCACCUGUAAUCCAGCUGCUCAGGGUUCCUGCUUUUUUGUCUCCACGAGAGCAGUAUACGGAAAUGCCAACAACCUCACUUUUGAGCUCAGCGGAGAGUCGAAUGGUUACAUCGCGGUUGGCCUCUCUCGUGACAACAGGGAGGGUGAUGGUGAUACUGUAUAUUCUUGUGCCAACAACAAUGGUAUAGUGAAGUUUACCCGUGCAACACUGAACAACAGCAGACUGACUCAGGAUAAUGCAUUCAUCCCUAGAAGUUUCCGUGGCUCAGUGAACAGAAGUAAGAUUCAGUGCACUUUCAUAGCUCCAGGUCUCAGCAACAGCAGUGCCCCGGCGGCAUACACAGGGGCUUUCCUCUUCUUUUUCACUGGCAACUUCACAAAUGGUUCUCUGCAGUCUCCAAUCACUUUACUGGUCACAAAUAGGUCAGUGGAUCUAAGCAACCCUAACAGCACAGACACUGCAGUAAUAAAAUUCAAUACAAACACCUCUGCAGCAUCUAAUGCCACUACAAGGUCAAACACCACUGCUUCAUGGAAUGGCACUGCAGCGUCAAAUGCCACCACCAGUACCUCAGAAGGGUCACUCUACAACAGCACAACAAAUGAAACCAUCAGCAGGGAUAACUGCAGGAGAGAUAGGGCAUGUUUCUCCACUCCACCCACCUGUAAUCCAGCUGCUCAGGGUUCCUGCUUUUUUGUCUCCACGAGAGCAGUAUACGGAAAUGCCAACAACCUCACUUUUGAGCUCAGCGGAGAGUCGAAUGGUUACAUCGCGGUUGGCCUCUCUCGUGACAACAGGGAGGGUGAUGGUGAUACUGUAUAUUCUUGUGCCAACAACAAUGGUAUAGUGAAGUUUACCCGUGCAACACUGAACAACAGCAGACUGACUCAGGAUAAUGCAUUCAUCCCUAGAAGUUUCCGUGGCUCAGUGAACAGAAGUAAGAUUCAGUGCACUUUCAUAGCUCCAGGUCUCAGCAACAGCAGUGCCCCGGCGGCAUACACAGGGGCUUUCCUCUUCUUUUUCACUGGCAACUUCACAAAUGGUUCUCUGCAGUCUCCAAUCACUUUACUGGUCACAAAUAGGUCAGUGGAUCUAAGCAACCCUAACAGCACAGACACUGCAGUAAUAAAAUUCAAUACAAACACCUCUGCAGCAUCUAAUGCCACUACAAGGUCAAACACCACUGCUUCAUGGAAUGGCACUGCAGCGUCAAAUGCCACCACCAGUACCUCAGAAGGGUCACUCUACAACAGCACAACAAAUGAAACCAUCAGCAGGGAUAACUGCAGGAGAGAUAGGGCAUGUUUCUCCACUCCACCCACCUGUAAUCCAGCUGCUCAGGGUUCCUGCUUUUUUGUCUCCACGAGAGCAGUAUACGGAAAUGCCAACAACCUCACUUUUGAGCUCAGCGGAGAGUCAAAUGGUUACAUCGCGGUUGGCCUCUCUCGUGACAACAGGGAGGGUGAUGGUGAUACUGUCUAUUCUUGCUCCAACAACAACGGUAUAGUGAAGUUUUACCGCGCAACACUGAACAACAACAGACUGACUCAAGAUAAUUCAUUCAUGCCUAGAAGUGUCCAUGGCUCAGUGAACGGAAGAAAGAUUCAGUGCAUUUUCAUAGCUUCAGGUCUCAGCAACAGCAUUGCCCCUGCAGCAAGCACUGGGGCUUUCCUUUUCUUUUUCACAGGCAGCUUCACAAAUGGUUCUCUGGAGUCUCCAAUCACUCGACUGUUUACAAGUGGGUCAGUGGAUCUAAGCAACCCUAACAGCCACCUCAAUUUUGCCAUGUGCAUCAUUCCUCAAGGCCGCUCCUUCAUUUCCCACCUCCUCACACUAGCCCAUUCCAUAGACAACCUCUCCUACAUAUCAAUUGAUGAUGGCUGCCACUCGGACCUCCUCUUCUGGUCACAGCUACAGUAUUAA